AUGGACCUGGACACAAUCAACGUCGACACAGACGUCCAAGAGAUCCUCCUCGCGGCAUCGAACCACGACAUUCCCAAGCUGCGACAGCUAAUCCGCGCAAAUGAGAACAACAGCAACAUUGGCAAUCCCGUGAACGUCAAAGAUCCUGAAACGGGAUACUCGCCUCUCCAUGCGGCCAUUGCGGCCUGCGAAACUGAAGAAGCGGAAGAAGAAAAAGGAGAGAAAAAGCCCGCUGCAAAUGGUGUGAACGAGACGAAUGGAGUUCAGGAUCAGAAUCAUGCCAAUGGGACUGGCGACGACGAUGGCAGAGGUGAUAAUAAGAAGAAAGAGGAAAAUGUACUACAGUCUGCGGUGGAAACGGUUCGGUUUCUCCUCCAGGAGGGGGCUAUUUGGAAUGAUUUAGAUUUGAAUGAUGAGACACCCGGGUGUAUCGCGAGACGAUUAGGGGCAAUGGAGUUAUAUGACACCAUGGUCGAUGCUGGAGUACGGGCUGAGUUGCUAUUGAAUCGGUUGGAUGGAUAUGAGCCGCUUGACGACGAUGACUACGACAAUGAUGACGAUGAGGAGAAUGAGAAUGAAAAUGAAGACGAGAACGAACCUGUCCCCGAAACAGAGGAACAUGGUGAAUCAAUCCCUGACCUAGUUGAUACGACAACCCAACAGCCACCAGCAUCAGCAUCAGCAUCAGAACCCCAAACAGCAGCAGGAGCAACAACAAACCCCUCCGUGACAAACCCCCGCUACCUCUCCUCGAACCUAACCUUCCGAAAUGACCGCCUCCUUGACCAAGACCAAAACGGCGUCAUGAUGUCCUGGGAAACAGACAUAAUGACCAAAUCCGCCCAAAAGCUCUUCCCCAACCCAUCCCUCCGCGUCCUCAACAUCGGCCACGGCAUGGGCAUAAUCGACACCGUCAUCCAAUCCCUCUCCCCUUCAGCCCACCACAUCGUCGAGGCACACCCGUCCGUCGUGGAGGAAAUGAAACGCAAAGGCUGGCACGAGAAACCGGGCGUCCAUAUCCACGAGGGGAAGUGGCAGGAUGUUCUCCCCUCGCUUGUAGCGGAGGGCGUCAUGUUUGAUGCCAUCUACUACGAUACGUUCGCAGAGAAUUAUAGUGAUUUUCGGGAGUUCUUUAAUGAGCAGGUCAUUGGGUUGUUGGAGGAGGGUGGGAAAUGGGGAUUUUUCAAUGGGAUGGGGGCUGAUAGGCAGAUCAGUUAUGAUGUCUAUCAGAAGGUUGUAGAGAUGGAUCUGUUCGAGGCUGGAUUUGAUGUGGAAUGGGAGGAGUUCGAGGUGCCUAAACUCGACGGAGAGUGGGAAGGAGUCAGGAGGCCGUAUUGGGCUAUUGAGAACUAUCGCCUGCCUGUGUGUAGGUAUAUGGAUUGA